CCAAGGGAGCCAUGACAGAUGAUGCCAAGUCUACGCGAGCUGUGGUUAGUCGAUUGGAGAAUACCUGCGAGGUGCAGGUUCGUGUUGGGCACAGACACUUUGACAGGAGUGAGUGAGCCGACAGUGACAGCGUUCUUGUCAGAACCAUUCCUGCCGGUCUGUUCCUUGGACAUUGCGUUUGAUGAGAAAAAUAAAGAGGAAAAAGGAAUAAGGUGAUCUAGAAGAUUUUAUUGAAGUGUCUAAGCAUGUGAAUGUGAAUUAUGGUAAAGCAAAGAUGAAAAAAGACUUUCAUGGGAGCUAGGAACAUGACCCAGCCAGUAGCAAGCAAAGCCGAGGACAAGCCACGCCCGCUCCAACUGGGAUGACACUCUCUUCCUUGUCUUGAUCAAUCAAUCAAAAAAAAAAAAGACAUGCCAUGCCAUCGGUCAUACCAGAGGAAUGUUUAUGGUUGAUCAUCUCUUAUCUGCGUAACGAUAGGGAAUCUUUGCAUUCUUUGCUCUUCACCAACCGGACUUUCUUCCGCAUCGCUGUCUCUUUCCUCUAUGCCUCUCCCUUUCGUCUGUUGUACAAUGAACGCAAUUGCCGCUGGACUUCUAUUGAGCGCACUCGCAGAUAUGAUAGCCUUGUCCAUGUCCUCAUCCAUUCGUCCCAGUUGCUGCAACCAGAUAUCUAUGACACUAAGCACUCCAACUCCAUUAUCUUCAGAUUACCACCUUAUGGUCCUGAGGUUCCGUCGUUGCCUACACCCUCAACCGUCGAUUAUCUAUCAUACUAUACCGACAUGUUUCAUGAUCCCAUGCUGUACGAAACCUUUAUGUCAUUGUUCCCUCUGAUCCCUAAUUGCUAUUCGGCUAAUGUGAUAUGGCAUCGACCUAUGGUUAAAAUCCGCAAUAGGAUCGAAUAUGCCAUGAUGGAUCGAGUCUUGCCCCAAGUGACAUCAUUAGCAAUUAAUAUGCCUAUCCAGGUGCCUCGAAUCAAAUACUUCAUGAUGGCCAACUUACGUAGGCUUGAACUCCUUGGAACUGACUACUGUUUAUUGACAGACGAUGAUCUUGAGUGGGAAAGAACGACGCAUACUAAUAAGGUAUCCAGGUCAGCAAAGGGAUAUUCCAUGUCGCAAUUGGACAGGACAUUGACCUUUAUUUGGGAUCAUCAACGGCUCUUUGGGACACUACGUGAGCUAAAAAUUGAAAAUAAAGCUGUGCCAAUUGAAAGGCAGCCUGCGAGGCGGUUGAUCGAACUGGUAGAGGCCAUGGGUGAUCAGCUGGAGGUGCUUGAUGUUCAGUUUUGGCCAGAAGCUGUUUUCUUUCUGGAGCGGAUACCUACUCGCCGGCUGAAGACUCUAUUGUUGCAUUUGAACAAGGAACCGGAGCCCUUUUUCCAGGAUAAUGGUGGACUUGUGAGCUUUUUGAGCCAAUGCCCUAAGCUAGAGGAACUUGCUUUAUACACCACCGAAAACGAUCUUUUUAGCCCAUGGCGGUUACAGCGCACGGCCCAGGAUUCCACUCAACCAGCAAUUUAUUCAACCUUAUCCAUGACUACUCGUCACAAGUAUAGUCGCAUUCAGACUCAUAGCGAGAUGAAGCGAAUCGAUAUCGCAGGCCUUGCGCAGGAUGUGAUUAUGAACCUAAAUGAUGCCACUGAACUUUUUUCGUCCACUCUGCAAGCGAUCAAAGCUCGAUCAUGGUUCAGUGGAAAGCUGACGACUAUACCGCUAUCAUGGUUUAACUCGACCCUCUCUCGAUUGACGGACUUAGACUUGGAAGGUGAGGUGGCAUGGACAUUUGAUUAUGCCUCUCUACUCAAUUGUCCUCGUCUUUGCCGAGUCCGAUUAGCCUAUACUGGUCCCAUGCCUAGUCGAUCCUCUAAGAAACAGCCAGCAAUUGAUAAUUUGCCACGGGUCUUUACAAUCCAAGACUUGGAGCUUGUAGGUAACUGGGAAACACUUUACAUCAGAGGGUGGCCUUCUACGAUUGCACAGAUACACCGCCUGGAGCGAUUAGAUCUUGUUGCAUGCGAAGGCAUAGUAGCCGAUCAGGUGGUUAGUUUAGUGCAAGACAUUAUUGAGCAGAGUGCCCGACGGUAUCUGCAGGAGCAAGAAGUGUUUGGAGACAAUGAUGCAGAUGUCCCUGUAUUGCGAAAUAAUUAUUGUCAUCUGCGUUGGGUUAUCGUAAAUAAGAGGCUGCAUGACAACAUUGAACAGCAGUGGGACGGUUUGAGGCGGUGGUUAGCCAUGAGAUCAGGAGCAGAAGGGUCAGAAUCUGCUAAUCUAAUGACAAGAGGGGCCACUAUUGCAACAACAAGCACUGCGCCCACAGGAUUGGUGGCAACAGCAUCACCAUUUGUGAUUCGGUCUGUGCAACGUGUCCGGUUCAGUUAUGUGACCAUAGCGCGUCCUACCCGAUGAUGGUACAAAUAGACCAGUAUUUCUGACAUCAUGUAAAGCUUAGGCAGUAGGUCAGCUGUUGAAACACUAAUGUAUUUAGCUGUAAGGCUCACAUGAUCAUCAGCAAAUCCACAUUUAUUUUUAAAACUCGGUUUUCGUGGUUCCUAGCGCUGCGGUAGGAGUGGACGCCUCCUUGGCUCAUGCUCUGCACGAA